AUGUCCUACAUGACUUCCUGGCAGCGCCGCUACAUUCGUAGAAUAUUGCAGUUGGCAUUGUUCGUCCAGUUGGCGGUAGACGAACUGAUCAAUGCGAUAGAAUUUAUUGUGCUAAUAUCUUUGGCUCCUCUUUCUUGGAUGGUCCAUCCCUUGGAAUUAGCCUUGAGGGUCUUGCAGUAUUAUCAGACAAAGAAACCCCCAAUUGUUGUUCACAUUUUUUUCAAAUUGAUGACUCACGUAUGGAAUUAUUUCUCCUAUCUCUUUGCGAGAAUCAGACGGAUAGAUCGGGAAAUUGAUCGUUUGGAAGAGACCUAUCGGAGGAAGGUAGAGGGCAUGCAGAGUAUACAUGGGGACUACAACCGAAGGCAAGAAAGCUAUACAGCCAAGCCUAUACGUAUGCGCUACUUUAAAUUACGAAACUCAGACAGAGUAGACAAAGUGUCUAGGAAUGGUGUACCCUUCUCAGCGACCUCCCACAGGGUCUACACAAGUAGAAGCUUCCUGGACCACGGGUAUCACAGGGGUAGUCAACGAGUCCGUACUCGGUAUCAACUCCGGAAUCGGUACCAAUGA